CAAUGUUGCUGAAAUGGUUGAGAUUGAAUUUACUGUUGGUUCGUGUUUGUAGAUAUGGUUUGAUGAUAUAAUUGCAAAUACGGAAUGCGUAUAAUAACAUACCACUCUUUUUGCUGUUAGGGACAAAUAUAAGUUACUAGUUUUAUACAGUUUUUGUUUGAUCAAGGUUUUCUUGUCAGUGGUGGGUGCUGGUUUUUUCGAUGUCAAUAAGGGAAAUUUUCCUUCUUUUCCCUUGUGCUAUGGCAAGUCCAGGGGGCUCUUGCAGAGGUCUUAAUGCAUAUUCAUGUAUAUUUGUUCUUUAUGUUUCUAGGCUUUUUGCCUAGCCUGGAGGUCUAUGGUGGGAUGGUUGCCCUUGAUGGAAUUGGUGGCUAUUCUUGCAAUGUAUAGGGGACUUUGGCGAUUCUUUCUAUAAUUUAAUGCGUAUUUUUAUGGAAUUGGCAACAUUCUCAAAGUGGUGUUUAGUUCAUCUGUGAGGGGCGAGGUAUCAACCCUUCGGUAGUUUUGUCCUGAUGGCCUUACUGUUUAUGGAAACCAUUUACGCAGAGUACGUGACGUGGAUAUGAAGCGUGACUAUGCCUUUGUUGAGUAUAGUGAUCCUCGUGAUGCUGAAGAUGCAAGAUAUAGCUUAAAUGGCCGUGAUGUUGACGGUACCAGAAUCAUUGUCGAGUUUGCAAAGGGGGGACCACGGGGUCCAGGUGGUUCACGUGACUAUGGUGGCAGAGGACCACCACCUGGAUCAGGCAGGUGCUUUAAUUGUGGAAUUGAUGGCCACUGGGCUCGAGAUUGUAAAGCAGGUGACUGGAAGAACAAGUGUUACCGCUGUGGAGAGCGAGGCCAUAUAGAAAGGAACUGUCAAAACAGCCCUAAGAAACUAAGCAGACGUGGUCGAAGUUACUCCCGCUCACCGUCGCCGCGCAAGCGGUCAGCAUCUCCUCGUCGAGGUAGAAGUCGUAGUCGCAGUUUUAGUAGGAGUCGGAGCUAUAGUCAGUCUAGGUCACCACCAAAGCGAGAGAGAGAUGUCGAGCGUACUGAAAGGUCAAGGAGCCCUCGCCGAAGCAGAAGCCGGAGUCCUAAACGGCAGAAAGCAUCUCCUUUGUCAUCAAGAAGCAGGAAACGCUCUCCAUCAGCUGAUGAGAGGAGCCCAGAAGGUAGAGAUAGCCCCUCUGAUGGGGACGAGAGGCAAGCCAAUGGUUCUGAUUAUGGUGGUAGCCCUGGGUCAAGGAGCAGGAGCCCCGUCAAAGAAAUUGAGAGAGAUAGUCCCGUGAAUGGAGAUGCUCGAAGUCAAAGCCCCUUUGAAGAAAAUGGACGAGAUCGUAGUGUUAGCCCUGUUGCUAGAAGUGACAAGAAUGGUAGGGAGGAUGAGAAUGAUGACUAUGAGGCUUCUCCUAGAGGCAGUGAAUGAUUGGAAAUACUUGUUUUUGUUACCUUAUGUUUAAAGCUGUUAACUGCAAGAGUAUCACAUUUGCCUUUUUAAGUUUAAACCAAUGCCUGUUGGUAUUAUAUAGAAUUUUCUCUCAAUUAUUCAUGCCUCUGAUUAGAAGUCGUAACUAGUAAGAUAUUUGAAAGGUUUCUUAUGCCAUGGUCUGUUUUAGCAAAAAUGUGAUUUAGAGGUCAAACUUUUGAUGCAUGUGCAGCCAUAGAGAUGAUGAUGCACGUGUCUUCUGUCUCGGUGACUCUGGGAUGUGGUGAUGUAUAUUUGUGUUUUUGGAUGUGUUUGGUUUAUAUAA